UGAAUUUCAUUUCUAAAUUGUAACAAGUCAUGAUUCUUCAGAAUGAAAGUAAUCAAAUCAAAUAUAUAUAUAUAAAUUGAUGAUAGUUUGUAAUUCUAAUUGAGUGAACAAAGAUCUACAGUGAGCUUUUGUUUCUGCUCUUCUUAUUACCCUUAUUGCAAUUGUAAUUGCUUUUUUGAAGAAUAAAAAAAUCAUCAAUCCUAAAACAGUUGCCAGAUAGAAUUAAACCGUAUUGAAAAAUGUAUUGAAAAUAAGCAUAAUGUGCUGUUUUCAGAUGGUGACUUGGUACCUUAGUGUCUAGUAAGUAAACUAACUUCAGUUGAGAUAUCCAAAGUUGUGGAGGCUGCAGAGAAUUUUGUAUGGUGUGAAGGCUGAUUUGAUAGUUCUGAAUGUGACAUAAACAUGUUGAUGUUUCCAGGUCAUAAAAUAUUGGAUAGUGUAGUACUGUUUGUGAAUGCUACAAGUGAUCCUGAGAAUGACUUCACACGACUUCUCAUCAGUCUGUUUAAACUGCUUUGAUAUUUCUGAAUGUGACAUAAACAUGUUGGUGUUUCCAGAUUAGUAAAAUAUUGGACAGUGUAGCUCUGUUUGUGAACGCUACAAGGGAUCCUGAGAAUGACUUUACACAGCUUCUCAUCAAUCUGUUUAAACUGCUUUGAUAUUUCUGAAUGUGACAUAAACUUGUUGGUGUUUCCAGAUUAGUAAAAUAUUGGACAGUGUAGCACUGUUUGUGAACGCUAAAAGGGAUCCUGAGAAUGACUUUACACAGCUUUUCAUCAACCUGUUUAAACUGCUUUGAUAUUUGUGAAUGUGACAUAAACUUGUUGAUGUUUCCAGGUCGUAAAAUACUGGACAGUGUAGGACUGUUUGUGAACGCUACAAGGGAUCCUGAGAAUGACUUUACACAGCUUUUCAUCAACCUGUUUAAACUGCUUUGAUAUUUGUGAAUGUGACAUAAACUUGUUGAUGUUUCCAGGUCGUAAAAUACUGGACAGUGUAGGACUGUUUGUGAACGCUACAAGGGAUCCUGAGAAUGACUUUACACAGCUUUUCAUCAACCUGUUUAAACUGCUUUGAUAUUUGUGAAUGUGACAUAAACUUGUUGAUGUUUCCAGGUCGUAAAAUACUGGACAGUGUAGGACUGUUUGUGAACGCUACAAGUGAUCCUGAGAAUGACUUCACACGACUUCUCAUCAGUCUGUUUAAACUGCUUUGAUAUUUCUGAAUGUGACAUAAACAUGUUGGUGUUUCCAGAUUAGUAAAAUAUUGGACAGUGUAGCUCUGUUUGUGAACGCUACAAGGGAUCCUGAGAAUGACUUUACACAGCUUCUCAUCAAUCUGUUUAAACUGCUUUGAUAUUUCUGAAUGUGACAUAAACUUGUUGGUGUUUCCAGAUUAGUAAAAUAUUGGACAGUGUAGCACUGUUUGUGAACGCUAAAAGGGAUCCUGAGAAUGACUUUACACAGCUUUUCAUCAACCUGUUUAAACUGCUUUGAUAUUUGUGAAUGUGACAUAAACUUGUUGAUGUUUCCAGGUCGUAAAAUACUGGACAGUGUAGGACUGUUUGUGAACGCUACAAGUGAUCCUCAGAAUGACUUCACAGAACUUCUCAUCAGUCUCUUUAAACACGGCAGUGAACCACUGUUCAGACUCCAACUUGAUGUGGACUCUACCAAUUCCUCUUUUUUCCAAAUGGCAAUCACAGUACCUGACUGGUCAUCUUCUCAUUUCCGACCUGCUGCUGAGAGGAACAAAAAGUGUAGGCACAAACCAUCAGAUAAGAUUCCCGAGGACCUUCGCGUGGCUUACUCAGCUUACACAAACUGUAAGAACAAUUUCUCAAACUUCAUGGAAACAACACAAAAAGCCUUGGAGUAUUUUGGAGUAUUCGACUACAUGGAUCAUUUUGAAUCAGCUCAACUCAUUCAAGAGAUCCGGAUAUCAAUUGAAUUUGAUAUUUUGGAGCUACUUGCAGAGCUUCCCACACCAGAUGUUGUGCAAGACAGCAUCCAGAAAAAAGACUAUAAACUCAUUAUUAAACCUCAGCUAGAAGCAACUAUUCCACAGAUCUCUUGGAGUUUUCUAUUUUCCACUUUACUAAACGUUGAGUUGGAUGAUAGUUCUUAUGUGCAAGUUUACUUUUUGGAUGAAAUAAGCAAUUUUUUCAACAAGCUUCAGACUAAAGAUGUGAGGACUGUACACAACUCUCUGCUAGCAGUGUUUGCACACGACCUGUACAAAGACCUGAUGUUGACCCACAGCCCAUGUGAUCGCGAGCAGUAUUGUUUGCACGUGGCUGCUAGUCUCAUGCCAGCUGUAGUGUCCAACUUGUAUCUCGGAACCUUCCCUGCCGAUACUGACAGGGAUCUGCGGACUCAGGUUACGUCGUUGUACUCCAAACUUAAGGCAACAAUGAAAGAAAAGUUGGUAGAAGCAGAUUGGCUAGAUAACAAGACACGUAAUCAAGUUGAGAAGAAACUCAACUUCAUGUCCAUUGAACUUCCUCAAAUGUUCAAUGAGUCCUUCCUCAACACAAGUUUGGAGGAGUGUAACCUAGACAAGAAGCACUACAUGGAAGACUCCGUUUGUCUUGUGAGACAAUACCAGACUCUGCUCUACUCCCGAUAUACCCUGAAUCCUGACUCUGUAGAUGUCAUGUGGCCACACUUUUUGACGGCAUUCUCUACUCAUACUGCAUUUAUUUAUGGUCUAAAUACUUUCAUGAUUCCCCUGGCUGUGGUGGGUCAUGUGUAUGAUAGCCAGUUACCCCGACAUGUUGUAAUGGCAAGGCUGGGGAAUAUUCUGGCUCGAGGCUUAGGGCACAACUUCGACUAUACAGGGAUCAAGUUUGAUGCAACAGGCAAGAUCGGAAUCAUGCUGUCUGAAGACACCAAUCCUUCAUAUACUACUGUUGUGGACAACAGUAAUUCACAAUUUAUCUGGACCAAGUCUCACAAGGAAAACAGUCGGUUUUAUAUGUACCUGUUACAACCUGGAUUAACUCUCAACCAACGCCUGUCUGACAUCACUGCUGCCAACCUCUCACUCUCCACUGUUCUUGAGCUACAAGACACUAAACUACCUUGGGUACCUUUCAACUCCAGACAGGUCUACUUCAUCGCCCUGGCUCAGACUUUUUGCUCAAAGAAGAAAAUGCCUGAGGUUUUCACGACUUUGUACGAAGGAACAACACUUUUGCCAUUUGACAGGAUCACGAACCUGGUGUCCAACUCUGAGCAGUUUGCUGUAGCAUUUUCAUGCGCUCUGGGUGCCAACAUGCAUCCUGAAUUCAAGGUCAGACCCUUCCCUUUGUUCGAGAAAGUGGAAAAUACACUCAAUUACGUAGAUACUUACUAAUAUGGACACUCACACAUAAUUCCAUCAAGCACUCUUUGAAUUACAUUUAUACUGUAUAUAUUUUCUAAUAAAACGUUUUGAAUGUUUUAAACGUACUUUUUCAUUAUUAAUUAUUGUAUAAAAUCUUCAGUUUGGUUGUGAUUAGGAAGUGAAAAUAAUUCAUACAGCAUUGAUUUUUUUUACUCGCCAUGCAGAAAUGUUUAGAUCAGUUGAAUAUUUAAGUUAACUUUUCCAACGUAUUCCUAUCACACAUUUUCAUUGGAUUUCAAUCAAGACAACAAAGUACAGUUAACACAAACCCAGAGCUUGUAAUUGUGGUUACUUUCAAUAUGUACCAAAAUUAAUUUCGUAAAUGUUGUUAGUAAAUUUGACACUAUUGGACUAUUUACUGUUAUAGAAGUUAUAAUUAGUUACUGCAGUUAAAUGUUUCAAUGCUGUCAUAGUUUGGAUUUAAUUAUUACAGCAAAUAAUUAGGUUUACAAAUUUUGUCAACAAGAUGAAUUUUAUCUUGUAAGCAAUGCAUAAAAGAAACUUUGAUAAACUAAUUUAGGUAGCAGAGAAUUCUAGUUUAAUAACGGCAAAUCUAAGAAAAAUAAAACGUACAGUAAAACAAUUAAAUAUGCCAAUUAUUAGUAAAUCAUGAGUUGGUGCAGUUGAAAAAAAUGGAAAUAAUAUCUGGAAAGUCAUAAUAAAUAUUUUUGAAACUGAAAACAAUUAGACAGUGGGUUGAAGUGAAAAACACAUGACAUUCCUGAAAAGUUUAUUAUUACUGAUUGACAAACUUCUUUACUAUGUUGUACAUAUAAACAUAUACUAAAACAUUUUUAUACUGGCACACACUACUUAUAAACCCUUUUUUAACGAAAUAAAAGCUUACUCAGAUCUGAAUUUCACCAAGAACACUCCCUUUUUGUUCAUAAACUAUAUCACAUUUUGGUAUUUAUAAACUAAUUGUAAUUUAGAUUGUAUAAAUGAAUAUAUUGUAUAAUUUUAUUUAGAAAAGAUUAUUAGGUGUGUUUUUCUGCUUUUAUGGUGUUAGCUUAAUACAAUCUCAUAACAAGAAAAAACAGAUAAAUAGAUUGAUAAGAAAUAGUUCUCCAUACAUUUUAAUUGAUUUUUAGAGCUGUAGAAUCUUUAAGUGAUGUAUAGAUUUGUAAAACAAAGACCAUAUUGUUUGAAUAAUAAAACACUAUAAGUCAUUGCUAUA